AUGAAUGAUCAUCUUGCUUUAACAGAAGAUGUUAAACUUAUUUGUUUGCGAUCUGCUCAUCAAGAUAACACUUCUAUAGAUCAACUACAGCCUAUUGGAAUUGACACAUAUGAGUUUGAUGAUGUUGACGAAUGUGUUCAAUAUAUUGUGUCACUCGAUCCAGAAGAUACAUUCGUUUUCAUAUGGCUUGGUUUCGGAUGGAAUCAUCUCAUUCCCAUCUUACACCAGUUCGAACAGAUUCAUUGCAUCUAUCUUCAUGAACCAACUCAUCAUAGGUUCAUAUCAAAAGUCCACGGAGUAUUCACUCAUCCUGAUGAACUACUUCAGCAACUCGUUCGAGACAUUCAAACAACAACCAUUCACAAUCCACAAGGAAAUUCUAUUCAAGCGAUAUGGUCUGAGGUACUUUUACAAGGUCUCAUGCGCAUGCCAACACCCUCUACAAACGUCUAUGGAGAAAUGAUCAAAGAAGCGCGCUACUUUUAUCGCAACAAUUCAGUUCAACUUGCCCAAAUCGAUGAUUUUGAAAAGAACUAUCGUCGUGAAGAUGCCAUUCGAUGGUAUUCGCGUGAUUCAUUUGUGUAUCGAUUAGUGAACAAAGCUCUUCGAACUCAAAACUUGGUGAUUCUGUUUAAAUUUCGAUUUAUCAUUCGAGAUAUCUAUGAACACUUGAAGAAACUCUACCAUAAGCAAUACUUGGCUGGAAAUUACAAAAAUGAAGAACCUUCAACAAUCACAUUAUAUCGUGCAAUGAAAGUAUCAUCAGCUGAAAGCAAUCAACUACGGUCCUUCAAGACAGGUGGAAUACUUUCGAUCAAUUCAUUCGUAUCUGCAUCAUCCGAUGAAAUGGUUGCAAUUUUUUAUUUGGGAAAAGAUAUAGAAAGAGAUAUUAUGUUGGAAAUUGAGGUCGAUAAAAAAUUAUUGAGCUCGGAUAGUUUGCCUUUUGCUGAUAUUCAUACACUUAGUUCAAUGUCCGAUGAUAUGGAAGUGUUGCUGUCGAUGGGAACUACUCUUCAAAUCCAAUCAGUUACAGCCAAUAUCCGCUAUGAGAAUAUUUGUAUUAAAACUCGAUUAUGUUAUGAAGCCAGCAGUGAGCUGAAACAGUUGAAAAGAUAUUUAAUAGAUAAGUGUCUUCUGUACGGACAAAGUGAAUCGUACUAUAUAGAUUCACUUUUAAGUCUUCUGUGCGGAAUAUGGGAUCAAGAAAAACUAGAUCAGCUAAUCAAACUGUGCAAACGGGAGGAUAAAAAUGUAGAUUGUAAUGUCAUUCAUUUAAUGCGUAGACUUUCCAAUGUGGGCAAUAUGAUUAAUGAGCUGUCUAUAGCUGAAGUAUUUCCAGUGGCUUCAGAAGUAUUUUCAAAAGUUUGUGAACUGCUUAAAAAUCUUCAACGCACACCAAACAUAUCAAGCGACGUUCGAAAAAUAUUGACAGAAUUUGACGAAUCUGUGGCACGUAUGCACAGUACUGCUGUAUAUACGAAUAAUAUGGGCGCAAUCAUCGAACAGUUCUUGUCAGAAUUAACUUCAUGGGAACAGAUACCCGCUGCAUUAUCGCUUCCUUCGUUGCAUCCGAUACAUUCAGAAUUACAGUUCAUAAAAGGUUCAUUAAACUGUCUACAAGGUAAUCAUACACAGGCAGUGAAAUGCUUCGAGCGUAGUCAAGCAUCACCUGCUGUCCCUUUAUUCGAUAAGAACGGUUUCAUGCAGCAAGCAGGUAUGUCCAAUAUAGUUGAAAGUGCUGAUAUGCUUGGUAUCGAUUCUCUCUCAUCGCAAAUUUUCGAAGAUCUUUAUAAAUCAGUAGAAACUCACCCACAAGCACUCUUUCAAUUAGGUAGACAUCUUGAGCGUCAAAACGACUGGUCUAUGGCAAUUCUAUGUUACCAACGUGUAAUUGAAAAUCGUAACUUACCGCCUAAUUCGAUGUUUAUCAUCAAAGCAUACUAUUAUAUGGGUAUGGCUUUCUCCAAGUUGAAUGAUUCUGAAUCGGAGCUGUUCAAUUAUCAUCGAGCAUAUGAUCUCUUGAAUCAACAUUAUCCAUCUACUCAUCCCCUCGUAUCAGAAAUAUAUCGAUCUAUUGUCCUGGUGGAGUUACGCAUAAACGUUCAGCGCAUCUAUUACUUAUUGGAUCGUAAGCAUUAG